AUGUCGGGAUUAAUUUCGAGGUCGAUACGGCGCCUGCCGCGAGAUGUUCUGAAAUUAGGAAUGCAGGCGGCAUGCAGCCAAGAGGUUAAAUCCGAAGCUGUAAUACGUCAAUUUUCAAAAUUGUCUGCAGUGACACAACCUCAGGUUCAGUCUGGAAAUGAAGUUCUCUCACCGCUUGCAUGCUCCUCAUCCAAGCGAACUAUUGGUUCUUUUGGAGCUCAAUGUUUCCACACCACUAGUAAUUUGUGGGCAAUAGAAACUAUAAAAACCCCUCCUUUUCCCGAGUCUGUGGCGGAAGGUGAUAUCAAGUAUACUGUGAAAGUCGGUGAUUAUGUGGCUCAAGAUCAAGUUGUUAUGGAGGUAGAAACCGACAAAACAGCUAUGCCUGUACCCGCACCUUUCGGAGGUAUAAUUCGAGAAAUUUUAGUUGAAGAUGGCACAACCGUUAAGGCCGGUCAACCCUUGUUUAAACUUGAGAAGGCUGAAGGUACUCCAACUGCCGCUGCUCCAGCUGCGGCUACUCCAACGCCACCACCACCACCACCAAAACCUGCUGCUCCAGCGCCUUCCGCAGCACCCCCUGCUCCAAAAGCGGCUCCUGCUCCGACACCACCUCCUCCACCGCCAGCGGCAAGGGCUGCACCACCACCACCACCACCACCCAAGCCAUCAGCACCUGCUGGGCAAAUUCCAGUUGCCUCAGUGCCUCCUGCUCAAGCAGCACCUCAAAUAAAGGUACCGCCAGGAGACUACUCGCGUCAAAUUACUGGAACUCGCACCGAACAGCGCGUAAAAAUGAAUCGAAUGCGUCUAAAGAUUGCUUCUCGUUUAAAGGAUGCACAAAAUACAAACGCUAUGUUGACUACAUUUAACGAAAUUGAUAUGAGCGCUGCCAUGGAAUUCCGUAAAACUAAUUUGGAUGCUUUCCAAAAGAAGUUUGGUAUCAAAAUUGGCUUUAUGUCUAUAUUUUCAAAGGCCUCUGCUUACGCACUUCAAGAUCAACCCGUGGUUAAUGCUGUUAUUGAUGGACAGGAAAUCGUUUACCGUGAUUACGUUGAUAUUUCAGUGGCCGUGGCAACACCAAAAGGUCUUGUCGUUCCAGUGAUAAGAAAUGUUGAAAGUAUGAAUUACGCUGAUAUUGAAAUUGCACUAGCUGCUCUUGGUGAGAAGGCUAAAAGAAAUGCUAUCGCCAUUGAAGACAUGGAUGGCGGAACCUUUACUAUAAGUAAUGGAGGUGUAUUCGGUUCUUUGAUGGGAACUCCAAUCAUAAAUCCUCCACAAAGUGCUAUCCUGGGAAUGCAUGGAAUAUUUGAACGACCAGUUGCUGUAAAGGGACAGGUCGUCAUACGUCCAAUGAUGUAUGUUGCUCUUACUUACGAUCAUCGAUUGAUUGAUGGGCGUGAAGCUGUAAUGUUCUUACGUAAAAUCAAGGCUGCCGUAGAGGAUCCUAGAAUAAUGCUGGCUGGAUUAUAAAUUCAAUGUCUGAUAAUAUUGGAAAAAUUAGCAUUAAAGCUUUUAAAGCAGAAUAUCUGUAACAUAAAUAUUUAACGAAUUGGAAAUGCACGUUUUAGAUUUUUAUUUAAUUCAGGUCAUUUUGUGCAAGAUUUUUAAUCGUUCUAUUAAUUUAUUAUGCUUUCUUGUUAAUCCUGAACAAUACCCAUGGUCAUAUAUUUGUAUUAUUACUUAAAAAAUUAUUCUGCCUUUUUUCAUUGCCUUUAUUUGGUGUUCUGUAAAAAUAUAUCGAAUUUUUUACUUGCACUUACCAAAAUAUCAUGUAUUUAUGACAAAUGAACACUGCUAAAAUAUAUAAAUAAUCCCAGUCGAAAUGCUUAUAAAAAGUGAUACUGAAAA